CCAAAAGGAGACGUGCUUCCGCCCUUUUGGUCGAUGCAACCAAGAUCUGAAUCGGACUCGAGCACUCCGUCGUAUCCUCGAGAAAUGGCAUCGCGGAAACACUUAAAGGGCAUGUGUGCAGGCUCAGCUGUAGCCCGUCCUACAAGCCUCCGCACGUAGAGACUCCCACAGUCGCCAUGCCUUCUCUGAAAGCUGUCGUUGCCGCCACGCUUGGAUUUGCGUCAACCGCCCUCGGGCAUGGCUAUGUCACCCAAUUCACUACAGAUGGGAAAUCGAACCAAGGAUUCUUGCUUGACUACUACUACCAGAAGGUCAAUGGAGGUACCCUCCCCAGUAUUGCAGCUUGGUACGCAGAAAACCUGGACAGCGGCUUCGUAGCCCCAAGUGCUUACGGUACUGCGGACAUCAACUGCCACAAGAACUCGGCACCAGGAGCAAUCACGGCAUCCGUCAGCGCAGGAGGCAGCCUCACCUUCCAGUGGCCGUCCACCUGGCCUCACCCGUACGGCCCGAUCCUGACCUACGUCGCCGCCUGCAGCGGAGACUGCUCGACGGCGGACAAGACCAAGCUCAGCUGGGUCAAGAUCGAUGCUGUCGGCAUCGAUUAUACCACCCAGAAGUGGGCUUCCCAGACCUUGAUCGAUCAGGGCGGCAAGUGGACGACCAAGGUCCCUGCGUCGCUGAAGGCUGGGAACUACGUCUUCAGACAUGAAAUUAUUGCCCUUCACGGAGCCGGCUCGCUGAACGGAGCCCAAAACUACCCCCAGUGUUUCAACAUUGCAGUUACCGGAUCUGGUACCAAGUCUCUGCCGUCCGGAACCCUGGGCACCAGCCUUUACAAGAACACUGACCCUGGUAUUUACUUCAACCCUUAUGUCACCAUCACCAGCUAUACUAUGCCUGGCCCGACGCUCUGGACUGGCUGAACUUGGAAUGCCGUGUCUGGGAUCCAAAUUGAGAUAUGACGGCGGUGUCGAUGUUCACAGGGCUACUUGAAUACUUGGUGCUCAUGUGAGAAGUAUACAUAUAUAUAAACACUACUUGAAGAAUAAAGAAUGAGCAUCUGUUGAUGAAGGCACUCUUGAAAAUUACGCCGUUCUCUUGCUUCCCAUAUGUGAACUUGAAAGGUUACACUAUGUACAAUGUCCUUCCCAGGAUGUUAU